CUUCGCUGACUGUAACGAUCCUUCGCUGUUUCCUUGCCAGUCGCAGACAUGGCGGCCAUGAGCCUCCUGCUCCGGGCAGCGGCUGCUUGGGGUGCUAGGCGGACCUUGCCCAGCUCAGCGCUCUGGAGUCGCAUCCCCCUGCUCGGACGCGCCGCCUGUCGCUCUGGAGUCAUCGCUCCGGUGCGCCACGGCAGCCAUGGUGGGAAAAGGAUGUUUGUCAUCAAGACAACACAAUUUUAUGAUAAGCGAUUCCUGUCAUUGUUGAGGUUCUAUAUUUCGUUAACUGGAAUCCCAAUAGUUGUACUUAUAACAUUUGUCAAUGUCUUCAUUGGUGAAGCUGAACUGGCUGAAAUCCCAGAAGGUUAUGUUCCAGAGCACUGGGAAUACUAUCAACACCCAAUAACCAGGUGGAUUGCCUGCUAUCUCCUUGACUCUCCUGAAAAGGAAUAUGAAAAGGCAAUGGCAGCAGUCUACGUGGAAAUGGAGAAAACUGGACUACGGAAGAAAGAGAAGGAAGCACGCCGGCUAAUGAAAGAGCGGGGAGAUGGACCGUGGUAUCACUAUGAAACCCCCAGCACAAAUCUUAUCGAUUAUUCUUAUAAAGCAACACCUGACAACUAAGCUAGUUGGCCUCCUGUCUCAGGUGUGGAAAUUAUGUAAUAUAUAUCUGGCCUGGUAACUCAAAUAAAAAAUCCCAUUUCAAUA